GACGUGCCUUUUACGUUGUACAUGUAUAGAGGAAAUGUGCAUAUUUUACUAUUAUUUAUAUGUUGAUGGCGUGAUGCAGUAAUUUCACAUUUAUUGUCAACUGUGACAAAAUUGAAAUAAUAUGGCUGGCCAACAACAUCCAUUUCCAUCUGGGUUUCCCAGUGUUCAGCAAUCUGCAAUGAGAACGCAAUUUGGUGGAGGACAAAUGGUAUCUGGUUUAAUGGUGCCACAACAAGGUGGUAUGGUAAGUCCACAACAAUUUGGAGUUGGUGUAGGAGUUGGAGUGGGUGUUGGUGGUGUAGGUUCCAAUGCUAUGGGUAUGCCUAGUGCUCAGCAAGUACUUGCACAACAACAGCAACAACAACAACAAUCUGUUGCAAUGCAACAACAAGUUCAACAAAUGCAGCAACAACAACUACAAUUACAACAACAACAGCAAGCUGCAAUGGUACAACAAAAUAAUCAGACAAGUAAUCAAGCUACGACACCGCAAACUCCUGUACCACCUUCACAACCCCCACCUCAACAACAACAACAACAAAAUAAGGAAUUUAACACUGCCAGUUUAUGCAGGUUUGGUCAGGAGACUGUGCAAGAUAUUGUUAGCCGGACCCUGGAAGUCUUCCAAACAUUAAGAGUUCUUCAGCCUCCAAAUGGUAUGCCACAAGGAGCAAGUUUAGCAAAUGAAAAAAAGAAUAAAGUACAAGAGCAACUAAGAACAUUAAAAUUAUUAUUUAAACGUUUGAGACUGAUUUAUGAAAAAUGCAAUGAAAACUGUCAACUUCAAGGUAUGGAGUAUACACAUAUAGAAAGUUUAAUUCCUUUGAAGGAAGAGUGGGAUAUGAAAUCUGACGAGAAGAAAACCUCUGAAGCUUAUAGACUAGCUUGUGAAGAAAGCAAAGAAAUUAUGGAGCAAGUGGUAUUAAAAAAUAGACAUCUUAAGGAAAUCAUUGAUCACCUAAGACGCAUUAUUUCAGAAAUAAAUACAAUGUUAAAUAUGCGUCGAUCAUGA